AUGCUGGGAUUAAUAGAAGAAAUUACUAUUAGGAAAUUAAAAUUGAACUAUGGUUUUCGUUACGAAAAUAGAAAAUUUGUGCCAUCUCGUUCAAUCAUUGAUGAUGGCAAACUAACUUUAGAAAAAUACACAGGUGAACUAUUAAUUUAUCAACGAGCUCAGAAUGAUGUAGAAACAUCUAAAACGACGUGGGAACUUUUUGAAGAAACCUUCUCCGCGUUAAUUGAACCCCAAAACAUUCAUGACGAGAAAUCUAAAUUUUCAGAAGAUGAUGUCUUAUUACUUAUUCCUAUUUUAAAAUACACAUAUAUUAGUAAACCUAUCACUUUUGUUCAAUCAAUCUCAAACGGAGAGUUUCUUUUUGAGAAAGUAUUGGUUGGAGGUGCUCUAGUUAUAAAAAACGUUUCUAAAUAUUCACAUGACUCUUUAAAUCAAUUAAAAGCACGAAUUGCAUGGGCGAUCCCUGAAUUUCGUGAGGGUCACAAGAAUUUAUUUAAGGAGUCAAGAGUUGAUUUGAGAUUGCCUUCUAUUGAAGACUUAGACGGUAAUCCAUUGGAUGAAAUGACAAAGUUGUGUAAAUAUGUUCAACAAUUAUACGAAUAUGAAAUUGGAUCUGUAAUUGCUUAUGAAAGAGUGAAGCCUUUUUAUGUUUGUCUAGAUGCAAAGAAAUGGAAAGAAAUUGCUAUGGCAGAAUCAUGUCCAGAAUAUUUUGACAAACGUCUUGUACCAGAUAUUUCAGUUCAUCAUGUAGAGAUUAGUAUGAAGGAUUGGUUGGGCAGUAAUAAUAUAUAUAUGCAAAUUCCAAAAUGGAUCAAACAAUAUCAAUUAGACCAUGGAUUUGUGGUUAAUUCAGGCGGAUUGACUCCCAGUGUUAAGCCUGCCAUAGAAUUAAUAUCUGAGCCUUCGAUAGAAUUUCCCAACUCACCUAAAAUGUUAAGUAUUUCAUAUGUAGCAGCACAAAAAGAUUUAUUCUAUAAAACGAAUUACAUUGAUAUAUUUAAUAAUUCUCAGAGCUUAUUGGAUAGUAUCCCAUUUGUGGACUUAACAAUUGAUGCUUCACACAUAAAUGUUAUUAAUUGCGACAUAAUUUAUGAACAAAUCUUGUUGACCAUUGCUAAGAAUGCGAUUAGACCUUCUAGGCAAUUUGAAGCCGCUAUUACAAAAGCAUUAAAAGAAGAAAGCCCAUACCAUUAUCUGGAGGAAAUAUUUAAAGAAUAUGGGCAAAUUUUUUGUUUAAAAUUUGCCAUUGGUGGAAGACUAAUCAAACUAACCGAAUUUACACACUUUAAGCAGGAGUGCCUUACAAAAAUAACAAACAAUGGAUUUGAAGAAAUAACAAACUGUCAUAAGAUUUUGGAUGAAUGGAAAAACUUCCUUGAUCAACAGCAGAUGGAUUCAACAGGAUUUUAUUUGCCUAAUGCCAAUUCAACAGUUAACAUUAAUAAUAUAAAUGACAUUGAUCUGUGUCUAAAUACUAUUUCUGAGAACCCAAAUUCAUGGUGCAUUAUUAACCUUCAGCAAUUUUUACCUUUAUAUAAACUCCUUAAAGACGAUUUGCGAAAUGAAAUAGAACUUUUACUAAGCAAUGAAGAGCGAGUUUUGAUGGAAGUUAUUGGUUCAAUAGUUUCAAACAAUUUGAAGAGACCGGAUUUAAAUUUAAGAUUUCAGGUGUUGAGUGUUUCAGGAUUUUCUGUUGUUAUUGAUGAUAUUGAUAAUAAAGAGAUACCAAAAGAAACAACUGAAGAUGAUUUAACGAUCUACUGGUUAUUGAUCGGAAAACCGUUGUCUGUUAAAUACUUUAGCAAUAAAACUAGAAAUAUACAGAUUUUAACUGGCACAAUCGGUAUUACACUUUCACAUAAACAAAAGCUUGAGAUUGAUAUAAAGGAAAAAAUGGAUAAGGUGGGAUUGCUAUCAUUAUCACCAGACUGUAUGAUUGCAACCUCCUUUAAAUUUCAUUCAACAAACUUUAAUCCUAAAUUUCAAGUAGCCCUACAUUCAUGGGCAAAGACAAAAAUCUACCUGGAGGUCACAAAUCAUUCAUUCGAAAAAGAGGCACCAGAAUCCACACAUAAUUUGUGCAGCUUAUACUGGUAUGUUAUAUAUACGAUUCAACAAGAAUCAUUUGUUGUAAAUCGUAAAGAAUUGUGUCAAACCUCUUGGGAAUAUUUAGGUCAUCAUCUCAAAAAAGAAACUAAUGUCAUGCCAAAUGUGUCAGAAAAAUACCCUAAUUGGUUGCAAAAGGAAAAAGAAAAGGGUAAUAUAGUCUUUCAUGAUUAUUCUCUUUUCAAUAAUGUUCAAGAUAUUGGAAAAGGAGGAUUUGGACAUAUUAGUUCGGCUGACUACAAGGAUGAAAAGAUCGCAUUAAAAAAUCUUAAAACUAAAGUAGCGACUAAAGAAUUUGUUAAUGAGCUUAGACAACUACAAGCUAUGAAGUUUCAUCGUAAUAUUAAUCAAUUUUAUGGGAUUACAAUAGAUCCCAAAAACGAGUAUCUCAUGUUAGUAUUGCAGUUUGCUAAUGGAGGAAACCUACGGCAAUAUAUACAAAGAAAAUGGAGAAAUGGUGAUACUUUUACAAUUUCAUUAAACGAAAUUAUCAAAAUUUCCCGACAAGUUACUCUCGGUUUACAGCUUUUGCACGAGAAUAACAUAAUUCAUUGUGAUUUAGUAAGCCAUUCUAAAAAUAUCUUAAUAAAUAAUGGUAAUUUCUUAAUUGCGGAUUUUGGCUUAGCAAGAAAAGUGGAUGAUACACUUGUCUCUUCAUUUUCAACUUUGCAUGGUGCAGCAGCGUUUCUUGAUCCACUAUGCCAUCAACCUGAAAACAAACGAAAUAAAAAAAUGGACAUUUUUAGUUUAGGUGUAAUAUUUUGGGAGCUUACAAGUGGAGCUGUCCCAUUUGGGCACGCUCUCAAUGUAACGGCCAUAAGUGUUCAAAUGUUGCAAGGUUACCGACAUGCUACGAUUCCUGAAACAAUAGUUGAGGUGUCUAUUACAAAUUGUGAUCGAAAACCUACUCCUAUUUUAACUAGGAAUAUCGCACCUAAUUUCUUUUCUGUUGGACUACGCAUGCAGGUAUUAAAUGAGCCUGGGUUAAAAGCUCUUCCUUUAAAAUAG